CGGAUUCAACGUCCGUUUAAACAUCCGUGUUCUAGAAGCCAGUACUAGCGCUGGACUGCAACCAGCUUUCUUACCUUUCUCUGUCCAAACGAAUUAGAUGGAGGGCAGGUAAAACUGACUCCAGAACAGAUACUUCAUUUUUUUUUUUUUUUCCGGUUGUGAGUACGGAACUGAAUGCGAGUGUGUAGCGUCUGAAUGUGAGCAAAAUUCUGCGUCAUUGAAAGGCUCAUAGUCGAUCAUGAUGUCUGAGGGCAGUUCAUUUAUGAAAGGCAUGAUCCUAGGGGGCAUAUUCUGCCUGGUGAUCUCUUUCUUUGAGACCUUUAAUUCAGGAACCCACUCAGAAGGUCACAAGCAUCUCCACCAUCAUCUGAAACCUCUCAGCAAAGAUGAACUACAGAAGUUAUCAGAGUCUCAGAUGUCUGACUUGCCCCUCCAGGUCCGAGUGUACUGUCUCAUCAUGGUCACUCCAAAGCUACUGGUCCACUGGGCGACAGCCAAUGACACUUGGAGCAAACACUGCGACAAAUCUGUCUUCUACACGUCCGAAUCGUCCAAAGCUCUAGAGGCGGUUGACCUACAGGAGCAGGAUGAGUGGGCUAGGCUACGCAAAGCCAUCAAACACGCCUAUGAGAAUGCUGGAGACCUACGCUGGUUCUUCGUGGCCCGGCCUACUACAUUCGCAAUUAUAGAGAACCUCAAGUAUUUGGUGUUGGAUAAAGAUCCAAGCCAGCCAUUUUACAUAGGCCACACAGAAAAAUCUGGAGAGCUGGAUUACGUGGAGUAUGACAGCGGGAUCGUGCUGAGCUAUGAAUCUAUGAGGAGACUGAUAGAGAUGUUCAAAGAUGAGGACAGAUGCCCGGAGCGAGGACAUGCCUUGUGGAAGACACCCGAAGAAAAGCAGCUUGCCACCUGUCUGCAAUACAGCGGGGUGUUUGCUGAAAACGGAGAGGAUGCACAAGGCAAAGGGCUUUUUAACAAGAAGAGCGUCAGCUCCUUGAUUUCUGACAGCAUGGGCCAAAACCCAGCUGAUGUCGUGGAGGCUUGUUGUCCUGACAUGGCCAUCACGUUCGCUGGCAUGUCUCCAAGCCAGAUGCAGGUUUUGAUGUACGGCGUCUACAGACUCCGACCAUAUGGACACGAUUUUCAUGAUUCCUUGACAUUUCUGCCUCCUAAAAACUCUGAUAAUGACUGAUUGACCUCAUGGCUUCUGUAUUGGAACUGUUAAUGUCACUCACAGAAUUGAGACAUUGAUCUUAACUGGGUGCAGGGCUGACUCGCUGUGAUGUGCAGUAUUUACUAGAUUUGUGAUUAUCCGUUCUGAAAGUUGGUGCUUGGAAGUUAUAGGGGUUAUGCUAUGCUUUUUGCUACAAGUGCAUUCUGGCAAAUGGAUAAUUGUUUUCAUUUAAGUGUUUUGUGAGUGGCCAGUAUUGAAUAAGUGUUUUGUGAGUGGCCAGUAUUGGAUAAUUUUUUGCACUUGAUCGUAUUUUGAAUAAAAAUUACACUAGAUUUAUGAAUGCCACACAUAUGGGGUUAGGAAUGAAAAUUAAGAACCUUUUGAGUAUUUUUUUAAAGUGCAUUUUGGAUGUAUGUUGUAUAGAGGGGAAAUAAUAUUUUCAUGGUAUCUGUAUGGUAAACUUUCUAUAUCACACUUUAAAAUAUAAAACUAAUGUGGUUUGAAAGGUUAAUAUACUUGAUUGUAAAAUUACUUUUGGAUAGAAAAUUGUCUAUUUAUUUACGCAUCGAAAUAUUGUUUCUAUAAUUCAGAUGUACUUCAUUAUACACUGGUUUGUGAUUUUAUUUUAUUUUUUAAUUGUUCUUAACUACUUUUUUUUUAGUAAACAUCAGGAUGCUGGAUCUCACCUGCUUUGAGUAAUAAUAAAGGUUACAAAUAAAAGAAUGCUAUAUACAUGAUACAGUGCAGUGAACAAAUCAUUAUGCAUUAAAUACUCUUUAUUUCUAUGGAUACUUCAACAGAUUGCAAUAAUUCUGAUAGGUUUGUUUAAUAAAUAAUAAUGAAAAUGAUGUUUUGUAGCCAUUUAUUCAACUCUGAAAGAGCUGACCUGUUGUAGAAAUGGCGUAUUUUCUCCAGUUCUUGAUUUUCUUGUUUUUCAAUGUUUCAUUUUUGUUUUCUAUCCUGUUUCACUCAUUCUGUCAUGUCUUUUCAUGUUCCAAUUCUCAGAUUCCGCUGUCAAAUUUCUGUUGCUUUUAAUUUAUUUAGUCUUUUCUUGAGCUGAUUCUGUCUCAUAUUUGGUUCUUAAAUUCUUAAUUUGAGCCUCUCCCUCUCUUGCAGUAUUUUCUCUACCCACUUUUUAAUAGACAUUUCCAGGUCUUGGUUGGUGCUGUUUGUAAAAUAUUGCUCUUUGUUGGAUGUUCGUCAUUUUACAAUUUCAGUAACUUGAGUUCGGUCUCAUUUUUCUCUGGUGUUAAAAACCAGGUAUCCGUUUUCUCAGAAUUUGCUCAGCCAGUUGAGGUUUGCACAGUUACGGCUCUUCACAAAAUCUUUCCUCUGAUAAACAGAAUAAUGCUGAACUGUCCAGCUUUUAGACCACACAUCUUCUGUAUCAGAUAUAAAUUGAUCACGUAUUCCUCUGUAUAACUUCCCACUGUAAUCCCUAUACUAUAAUAAAUGCAUGGGUUCCAG